GCAAGAGAGUCGAGAAGGCAGUAAUCACUUUCUGGGAACGAAACAAAUUUGAUUAUGACAACCCCCCAGCCCUUGCUCUUGCACCCUAUCAGCUUUGAAACAAAUGUAAAUAUGCAGGAGCUGGAACUGCGCAUCAACACUUCAGGAACGCAUGUUGUUGCGCUGUUUGUCCGAAGCGUGCUGCUGCCUCUGUUCAACACAAUAUCAUCAAAAGAUCUCAAAACGAUCUCCGUUGUUACGCAAUGCGAAUACGCGCUGGAUACAGAUGCCCUGCUUAAUGCAUUCGAUCAAGAUGCCUGUCUUCAGAUCGAUGAGCGUUUAGCGCAGGACAAUUUUGCCAAGCUGCGAGACAUAUCCAUAGCGUUCUACGAAGACGUAUCCACAGCAUUCUACGAAGACAUAAGUGGGAUGCCCGACUUACAGAAUGUCAAGUUUCUCUCAGAGAUCGGUGCGCGUUUUCCUAGACUGAUUGACAAGAACAUGUUGACGUGCGUCAUCUUCGCUUCUUGAAUACCUGACUGAACUCACAUAGGACCAGUAUCCAUUAUCUGAGAGACCAAUUUCCAAGUGAUGCUGAGAGGGCAUUGAAGGCCGAACAAUUGGCCAAUAAGCAGCCUGGUCCACCCGAGCAAGCCGCCGCAUAGGCAAAUCCUGCUUUUUCGCUCAUACCAUCUCGCCUUCACUUUCCUCUCCAAAUCAUCCUGGACAUGCCGCUCCUACGGCGGCGCCCAUCCCUCUUUUCCGGCCAAAUCCCAUUCCGUCUACAGAUCAUGCAGAUUU